AGCUGCUGCAGGGGAUGAUUCCCGGCGGACCACGGCCUUUGCUUGGGGCUUGGUCGCCGGCGCUCUGAGAAACGCGGUCUGAUCCAUGGACUGGCUGGUCGCCGACUCGACGCCGGCAGACAUGUUUUUGUUGGCCGACUUGACAAUGUACUGCAUCAGGCGCUUGGGCACACCUUGCAGCUCCACGCCUCGCACCAGGCAGACGAGGCUGUAUUCCUCGUCAAACACGUAUAUGGUGCCUGUCCAAAUCUUGUUCUCGCCCUCGUGCAUUUGCACGUAAGAGUAGUAGUCCCUGUCCGCAUGCAGCUUGUGGCCGAGGAGCUUCAUGGAAUUCCAGCCAUGGUUGACAAAGAUGUCCUUGUCAAGGUCGACGCCCUCGUUGCCGUUCAUGACAAACCCAGCGAGCUGUGAGAUGGCAUCCAGGCGUGACGGGCUGGAAAACCAGUAGUCAUCCCCGCCGUCCUUGUCGGCAGCCAGCCCCUUGAAGGAGAUCUUGCCGGCGGCCUCGAGCGUAUCGUUGUUCAACGUGACUUCGGAGAGGCCGCGGUACUUUGGGUCGAAUUCUGCCAGCCGCGCAAUCAUCUUGUAGAUCAUGCUGCUGCUGAAACGGUACGUGUUUUCGCCCUGCCCCACGCCCGAUCGCAGCUCCUUGAGGCACCGGAGGGCGUUGGAAGACGCCUCAUCGAGCGCGGCGUCGGCCCCGAGCGCGCCGGCGGGAGAGAAAUGAAUCUUGCAGCUGGCGUAGUGCUCGACGGCGCGGUGUAUGCUCUGGGAAGGUUUGGUCAGAGGUCAGCAUUGUCUUGCCGUUCUUUUCAACUCUUGGAUGGACAGCAACCCACAUCUAAACUGGUAAAUGUACACGAUAUGCUAUUGGUCUCCUUGUCGAACCUGGCCUCGCUGCGCAGGAUUUGCUUCUUGCCAAGAUUUUUGUUGACGACGAGGGCGCUAUGGAUGCGCAUAUCGUCGAUGCUGAUCAGGACAGGCUGUUGGGGAGCGCCGGUCACUCGGCUGACGUAGUCGCCUAUCAUGAAGGCGACGUCGGCAUACACAGACUGCAAGGCAAACAAGCAUUAGCUAUCGACGCCACGGACCUGGCAUGAGCUAGACCCGUGAGAACUUACCGGAGUGCAGAGUGGCACAUCAUAGACCUUGUGUCCCUGGGCCAUGGACUGCACCUCGUCCGAGUUGAGGUCGAGAUGGACAACGACAAGGCCGUCGGAUCCGCCGCUCCCAAGGUGGUCCAGGUCCAGGUCCUUGACCACCUUGUAGACGGACGAAUAAGGGAACCUGAUGGGGCUCAUUAUCACGGCAGGCUCUCCCUUGCGGAGACUCCAGUCGUUCACAUACGGUAUCCAGUACUCCUUGAGCGUCCAGGCAUAAGUCGGCAGCUGCAGCACCUGGUGGUACUGGGGAAAGUCCUCGUGGUAUUUAUCCCAGUCCAGAUGGAGCCCGGCCACGUGGAUGCCAGCAGCGGCCUUUCCCAGCAGCUCCCAUGUUUCAGAGUGCCGGUGUAGCGAUGUAAAUGUCUGCAUCUGCGCGCCAAUGACCUCCUUGACCAUGCGACAGACAACGGGCGCGGGACCAAUCUCAACCGCGAUGCUCCUUUCACCCACGAGCCCCUCGGCCUUGGCCGCAAUCACGGCCCCGAGCAAGUCCACAGGUUUCCUGCAGUGACGCGAAAAGUAGUCGCUGCCAAAGUCCGAGGCGUUGCGGACCACCUUUGCCAGAGUCGAGGAGAUGUAGGGUAUCUUUGGGUCGCAGAGGCGCGUCCUUGACGAGACCUUGAGGAACGCGUCGAGGAUCGGGUCGACCUGCGCUGUGUGGAAGGCCAUAUCCACGUCGAGCAGGCGGCACCUGUGGCCCUGGAACUCGAGCAGGGCUUUGACCUUGACGACGCUGGCCGUGGGCCCGCCGAGCACGACGUUGUUGGCGCUGUUGCGGCAGCAUACAGAGACGCCGUGAGUGGCGGCGAGAUUACUACCGCCCAAAGCGGCCGUCACGCUGGCCUCGGGAGCCAUGACGGCCACCAUGGCGUGCGGCACGGUCGAGGACUCGAGGAGUUCCUCCAUGAGUCUGGCCCUGCCGGCGACCAGGGAUAUGGUGUCGGCCUGGGUCAGGACGCCAGCCGCGUACAGGGCGGCGUACUCGCCGAGGCUGUGGCCCACAACGGCCUUGGGGGCAAGCCCAAGGUGUCGCCACAGGUUGCACAGCGCCAUCUGGUAGCAGACGUGCGAGAGCUGCAGCGCGACGGGCGACAGCAAUCUGCUGCUGACGUCCAGUGAAUUCACGCCUGGCCUUUGGAACGCCGCGAGGAUCGAAGGCAGUCCCAUUGCCCGGACGAGGUGCUCGCACCGCUGCACGUCGGUCCGCAAAAACUCGCAGCUGUCGUACAGGUCGGCGCACAGGCCCCGCUCGAAGGAUCCCUGACCGGUAAAGGUCAAGAUGACGCCUGUCCCUAUCGCUCCGCGCUGGGGAGGGGGAGGGGGCGCCAUCCUGGCGUCGCCGCUGGUCCGCAGGUCGAGCUGCCGCUGUAGUUCAGACCUCAGCGAGCCUAGGCCGGCAGCCACGACUGCGAUCCUGUGGGGGUGGUGCAUCCUGCGCGAGGUGGUGGUAUACGACAGUUUGCCGAGCAGGUUCCCGUCGUGGCUGGUGGCGUCCUGGACGUGGCGAUCCAGCCACCCUAUCAUGUUGCGCAGGUUGAAAACAAGAGACUCGGGCGUCUUGGCGGAUAGGGCGACGACGUGGUGCCUCCGCAGGCCCUGUUGUUGGUGUUGGUCCGACUCCUCGGACAACGGGGCCUCGGACAUGACGGCCAAUGGUGGCGCGUCUUCCAAUAUCAUGGCCGUGUUCCCGCCGGCGGCGGAAAAGUUGUUGAGCAAAACGCGGCGGACUGCGCCCCGCGGCCUGGGCCAAAUGGUCGGCCUUGUGGCUAUGUGCGUGUUGUGCAACGCCAGGUCGGGCAGCCUGUGGUUGAUCUUGGUGUGGAUGCCCACGUGGGGCGGAAUCAUCGAGUGCUUCAUCAUCAGCAGGACCUUGGCCAGGCUGGUGACUCCAGCCGCCGCCUCGCCGUGUCCGACGUUGGACUUGACCGCGCCAAUGUACAAGGGGUUCGAGGCGGCUCUGGAGCCCGCAGGCGCGAGGGUCUGGACGACCGACAUGGUCUCGCCCACGUCGCCGAUCUGGGUGCCGGUGCCGUGCAUCUCCACGUAGCUGAUGUCGGCCGGGUCGGUGUUGGUCUCGGCCAGCAGGGCUUCGAAGAGCUGCAUCUGGGCCUCGGGGUAGGGCCGGGUGAUGGACUCGGCCUCGGCGUUUUGGUUGGUGGCGAUGCCCCGGAUGCAGGCCUCUAUGGGGUCCUUGUCGGCCACGGCGUCCUCGAGGCGUUUGAGGAUGACGGUGACGACGGCCUCGCCGCGACAGUAGCCGUCGGCGCUGUCGUCAAAGGUCUUGCAGUUGCCGGUGCGCGAGAGGAAGCGGCCGCGGUACAAGCCGGCCGUCAUGUCGGGGUUGGUCAGCACGUUGGUGCCUCCCACGACGGCCGUGUCGACCUCUCUCCGCCACAGCGCGUUGCAGGCCAGUUGCAGCGCGGCGAGGCUGGAGCUGCAGGCCGUGUCUAUGGUGUAGCUGGGCCCGCUGAGCUUGAAGUGGUAGUUGAUGCGGCCGGGGAUGAAGGCGCGGUUGCCGCCGGGGAUGAAGUACGUGUCGAUGUUUUGCGCGCUGUUGGUCUCCAUCCAAUCGUUGCUGGUGGCACCGAACCACACGCCGACCCUGUGCUUCUGCGUCGAGCCGGUCCGGUUCGGCACGAUGCCGGCCUUCUCCAGCACCUCGGCCGCCGUCAUCAGCGCCAGGCGCUGCGCGGGAUCCGUCUGCACCGCCUCGCGCGGCGACAUGUUGAAAAAGGCAGUGUCGAACUGCGCCGCCUGGUGCAGCCAGCAGCCGAACCCGGUGCCCGAGACGUUCUUCUUGCCCGUCGGGUCGUCGCUGACGUGCGUGGCCGCAUCCCAGCGCCAGGUCGGCACCGUCUCGUGCGUGUCGACCCCACGCACCAGGAGGUCCCAAAAGGCGUCCAUGGUGUCGGCACGGCCGGGAAAGCGUCCCGAGGCGGAGAGAAUGGCGAUCGGUGUCUUGGUCUUGGAGGCCGUCAGUCCUCGGUUCGGACUGGAACUGGACGCGGCAGGUUCUAAUUCUGAAGCCGGCCCUCGUCGACUCCUGUCGGCGGCAGCAACCAGGUUGUUCACCGGCAGCAAGCAGUUGACCGAGCUCACAAGGCUGUCCGCGGCCUGGAAUGCGACCGGCUGGACCACCAGCUGCCUCGGAAACAAACUUCUUGCAGCACAACUGCCCACCAGUCGCUGGGGGAGCUCGCCAAGAGCUACCCGACGCUGCAGACAGUCUCUUACCGCCUCUUCCAGGGCAUGACGGAGGGUUGCCGGCGGGCCGGAUGAGGCACCUCGGUCGUGGCUGGGAACGAUGGGGAUCGAGCUGCGAGGCAGACCGGUGCGGGGCAGGACGGAUAAGAUUUGCUGCACGUCUUGUUCACUGUACAAGACUGACGAAUGGUAAGGGGCGCCGAUGUUGAGAGGUUUCAUCUUGAUGUGUCCCAGCGCCUGUGCGAAGGCAGAGGAUAGGAAGCCGGUGACGAUUCCGGGCGGUCCCGAGACGGCGAAUUCGUGGGGUCCCUGGCUCCGUUAGAGUCUAGACAUAUUGAAGCAGGAAGGUGUCCCUUGUUGAAACUUGAAGGGUCGACUUACGAGUAUGCUGGAAAUGUAGGGGGUCGAGGUGAUGGGGAGCAUGCUCUCCGCGGCAUACGCCUUUAGAGCAUUCUCGAGAGAUUCAGCACUAGGACUGUGGACAAGGUAGGACCAGGACGGAUGGUGUGCAGCUGAGGCAGGCGAGCCGCACCAAGAACCACCGCCUGCUUCCCCCGUAUUAUGGAUCCUGCCGGAAAUGUUCCAGGCCACCGCUCCGAGCCUGGCUGCGACAGCGACGGCGUGAAGUGCCGGCUCGAUGAGGGUAGAGAUGCUUUGCGAACAGCUCACAGCGGCAGCGGCCAAGGCCCCUGUGCACACUCCGGACACGCAUGAAGUGUGCGGGGUGGGGUAGACACGACCACCGACGCCGUGGAGACGGAUAAACAGGCCCAGCUGGGCGAUGCAGGUCAGAGCCUGUGAGAGGACCGGGUUCUGGGUGGUGCUGCUGCUGCCGCUAUAUCGCGACGCCAAGUCGGCGAUGCCCGAAAAGCGUGGGCAUUGCGCCUGCUGGGCCGGCGGCAGUCGAGAUAUCUCCUUCUUGAGCACCACGGCGCUCCCAUCUAGAAACUCAGAGACGACUGCGUCGCUGUUGUCGUGGCCGAGGCGGCGCAGCAGCCCCAGGAAAUCGUAGCUUUGAUCGCCGAAAACAUGGGCAAAAGUCUGCUCCGGGUAAGCCAUUUUGCUGAGCUCUUGAUGUUUCGAGUCGACUUGUAAAUAAAGACGACGGCUGCUGGUCCAUUUAUGUAUUUCCCGCCCAAUCCUAGAUGGUGCGCGCAAAGGCUCGGUUUAACCCGAAACCCAGUUCCAAUCGCCGCCAUUAUCAAACCCGAGAAAACCAUCGGCAAACGAGUCAAUAUUUGCCUUUUUUUUUCCUUUUUUUUACAGAAUCGGCCAUUACGGCAAUCUCCUCGUUCGGAUCGGGGAAACGCAGAGCAUCUGGGCCUAGACGCAAGAAUCCCCUCCAUGCUUCAGUUACAGUGACUAAGCACCCGCCAUAACUAGCCGCCUUGAACAGCCGAUAAUUCAUCUGUUGACCUUGUCCAUCUACAGGGAGCUCUCACGCGACCGACUAACUUAUUGCAAGUAGGAUAGCCUCUUGUGUGUUACCAAUGGAUCACCAACAGCGCCUAAAGACCUGCAUUGACGAGAUUGCGCUGCAAGGCCCUGAGCUCCUUCGUCAACUGCAAACGCAGCUCGGUGAUGCACCUGGCGAGGCUCGUCCAAGUCUUGGGCUCUUGGACGACACAUCCAGACCCACGGUUCAAUCUUUGCGCAAAAAGCUCAUCGAGGCGGCCACCAAACUGAUUCAGCUCGCGACCGAUACCGACGGAUACCUCGAGCACCUUGCAAAUGGCUAUCAGGAAUUGGCCUGCGUGCGCUGGCUCAUAGGCCUUGACGUGUUGCAGCACAUCCCCCCCGACGGGAGUCCCAUCCCCUAUGCUCACCUUGCGGCCAAGACCCAAACGCCCCUAAAGUCCCUCCGCGGUGUGGCACGCAUGGCCGUGGCCAACGGCUUUCUGGAAGAGCCGUCACCCGGUCAUUUGGCCCACAACCGCAUUUCGCUGGGCUUGCUCAACAAGGACGGUCUCGUGAGCUGGGCCAAGUGGAUGAUGGAGUAUUCCAUGCCCGUGGCCUACAAAUUCACCGAUGCCACGCGCCGCUGGGGAAAUACGGAUUGCAAGGACCAGACGGCCUUUAACCUCGCCCUUGACACGCCGCUGCCUUUUUUUGACCAUAUGCGCAAGGACCCGCAGCUUGCCACUCUUUUUCACAACUAUAUGCGCAGCCUUGGCCAUUCAAGAUUAUGGAGUAUGGACCACGCCGUCCAAGGUUUCGAUUGGGCCUCGCUGCCCAAUGGCGCCAAGAUCGUCGACGUUGGAGGAUCGCACGGCGACCUGGCCGUGCGAGUCCUGAAAAGUUUUCCACACCUCGAAUUCAUCGUCCAGGACCUUCCCGAGACCGUCGCUGCCGCCAGAAGCGCGUUGAACGAUAAAAAGCUCGAACAAGGCAUCAAGUCGAAAAUUGAGUUCGCCGAGCACGACUUUUUUAAAACACAGCCCGUGACCGACGCUGACGUUUAUUUUUUGCGCAUGAUUAUGCACGACUGGCCUGACGAGGACGCAAAAAUUAUCCUGCAACAGCUGGGCCGCGUGCUGGAGCAGCGCCCACAAGCCCGUAUUGUGAUUAUGGACACGGUGCUGCCCCCGCCGGGGUUGACCUCGGUUACUCAUGAACAGCAGCUCCGCGUUCGUGAUUUGAUGAUGAUGCAAGUUUUCAAUGCCAGAGAACGCGAGCUUGAGGAUUGGGAAACGCUGUGCGACCAGGUUGGCAUGCAGAUCACGCACGUGAGCCAGCCCGACGACAGUCUCAUGGGGUUACUGACUCUCCAGCUAAAAGACCAGCAGCAGCAGCUCAAGAGCCACAGCAAAGGCAUCAACGGCUUCGCCACAAAGCACAAACCUGCAACCGCAGAGGAGCCGAUCCUUAUCAUCGGCGCCGGCAUAAGCGGCCUGUGUCUGGCCCAGGCGCUGCACAAGGGCAACGUACCCUUUCGGAUCUACGAGCGCGAUUCGACCUUCGACUUUCGCCCACAGGGCUACCGGCUCAAGCUCCAGCGGCCAGCCGCCUUGGCCCUCGCAGAAAUCCUAUCGCCGCAAGUCUACGAGGCCUUUUUGGCGUCGUGCGCCAUUCUGUCCGUGGGAGAGACCAACCUGGACCCCUUCACAGCCGCCGUGUCCAGGAGCAGGCGUGGCGGCGGCCUGGGCGGCAACCUGGGGCUGAAUCCGUUCCACACGGUCGACAGGACCGUUUUCCGCAAGACGCUCAUGGAGUCGAUCAAGGACAGCAUCGUCUACGGCAGGGAUCUCGAGUCGUACCACGCCGACGCCCAGUCGGGUGUGGUUGUCGCGCGCUUCAAAAACGGGGACGUGGUUCGCGGACGCUUCCUGGUCGGCGCGGACGGGCUGCACUCGAUCGUCCGGCGGACGCACAUCCCCAGGUCGCUACUGGUAGAGACGGGGGCGGUAUGCAUCUACGGCAAGACGCCCCUCUCGCCGGAACUGCUGGCUAGGUUCCCCGCAAAGGGCCUGAGGUGGAUGACGGUCAUCGCGGACCAUUCGCCGGUGCUGCAAUCGUGCCUCAUCGGCGAUUCGACCGUCACCCUCCUGCUGGAACCCAUCCGCUUCUCCCCAGACAGCCGCGAUCGGAUCAAGGAGCUGCCGGAUAACUACCUGUACUGGGCGCUCAUCGGGCCGGAGAAGCGUCUGCAGUUCCCGCAGGUUGUCGGCCCGCAUGGUCAAGGCAAGGCGACCGAUAACGACAAGGUCGACGCCGCGAAUCUCAGUUUGGCCGUCACGGAGGAGUGGCACCCGGACAUUCGUUCGGUGCUGGAACUGCAGGACCGGCGGCACACGACACUGAUCCGGAUCAUAUCAUCGGUCCCCGACGUUCCCGCGUGGGAUUCCUCAUCCAUGGUCACGGCCAUGGGCGACGCGGUCCAUCCCAUGAGCCCGGCCGGUGGCGUCGGUGCGCAGACGGCCAUCUGCGACGCCGCCGGCCUGGCAAAGGUCUUGGUGGACAGCCGGGGCUGUCCCUCCAGGGCAGCCGUGUGGCAGUUUGAGGAGGACAUGAGGAAGCGCGCAUGCGGCAGCAUUAAACACAGCGAGGUUGGUUCACGCAAGAUGUUUGGCAUGAAGAGUUUUGAUGAAUGCAAGGUUUGGACAAGGUGAUGUAAGAAGGCAAAUAUCAAAUUUGGGCGUAGCUGGUUUUCAGGCCUUUUUAUUAGGUAUUUUAAUUGCAAUGCUGGUGUUUUACUGCCA